CAUUUGACUGUGAAAUCAGCUCAAUUUGCUUGCUUUGUUCUUCUGGACUCUGGUUUCUGGACUCUGGUCUCUGCCGUCUGCUCUCUGGACUCUGCUCUCUGCUCUCUCUCCUCUCUGCUUCUGCUCUCUCCGCUCUUCGAUUAUAAAUCGCACUAACCCUCGCAUUCAUCAAGUCCUCAAUUCACUCUACAAUCCGUUCCAACCAUCCACUCCAAAGCCCACCCACCACAAAACCCACUCCAAACCCCACCAACCACCACCACCACAAUGGCCACCAACAUGUCCACCAUCGCUGCUCUGCUCGCUUCCAGCUCGUACAGGAAGCAGACCGGUGUGCGUGACAACACGCUGGGCGAUGCGCAGCUGUCGACGCUCUGCCCGCUUGACAACGGGCGGCACAUGGACGCUCCCGCCCGCUACUUCGCCGGCCAGCUUGACGAGCUCCCACUGGAGAUGCUCACCAAGCUCUUGCAGUACCUGGACAUCCCGUCGCUGACCACGUUCCGCCGCGUCAAUCGCCGCGCCAUGGACGUGGUCGACUCGAUCCCCAAGUACGCCGCCAUCAUCAAGCAAUGCCCGGACAUCAUCCGCGCCAGCCUCAGCAUCAAGGCGGACUCGUUCAGCCUGAACAGGCUGUACGCCACCCUCUCCACCACCAACUGCACCUCCUGCGGGCGCUUUGGCGACCACCUCUACCUCCUCGACUGCGACCGCGUCUGCUACAGGUGCUUCACGCGCGAGCCGCAAUUCCUUCCCGUUCCAGAAACCAGCGCAGAGCGGUUCCAGCCUCCUCCCACCGGCAUCACCCCGAUGCAGCUCCCCUGUCCCCUCGCCAAGACCCAGCGCCGGCGUGUGGCGAACGCCCCAAGCAUCAUUAGCCUGCCCGGCCUGUACUGCACCUCCCACGCCCAUGAAUCGGGAAGUCGGAUCGAGCGCCGCAUUCAACUCUACACCCCCGGCCCAGUGGUCCACAGAUCGACUCCUGUGGUUCCACGAUUGGACAAGACCACUAAGGAGCCCUUCCGCUUCAUGGCCAUCGUCCCGGCCCCGCAUCUGCGCAACAAUGGCCGCCAGGCCGACUGGGGAUACUUCUGCCUUGGCUGCAAGUAUGAGGAGGGGGAGAAAGCGAACCAUUUCCGGGUCAAGUAUACACCUGAAGAGUUGUUGAAGCAUGUGGCUAAGUAUGGACCUGUGAAGGAGUCGCCAAAGCUGGGCGGCAGGCACAUGCAUGUCAAAGAGUGAUAGAGAGGUCAAUGUUCUUAGUUCUUCUUCACCCCAUACUCUGUAGUCAACCUUGAUCUAGUUGGAAUCAUACACUCUGCCACCUCCAAUAAAGGCGUUUCUCG